CGAGCCUUCUAGGGGGUCCAUGUUGUUCGCACUUGCGUUGUCAUAUAUAACAGUAACGCCUUCUUUGUCCUAGCAUCGUCUCCAUCAUCCUCUCCCUAGUUCUUCCACUACUUGCUUGAAAGCGGACAACAUCAUUUUCCGUGCUUGCCCCUUUGCCUCAUCUAGCGACAGUACUUCAUAGCAUCUUCCAGGCGCUCAAGAACACUAAAUAAAAUGUCACACAGCAAGCUGCUCACCUUUGUCGACGGCAAAACCAUCCCAGCUCUCGGCCUCGGAACCUGGUUGUCCCAGCCAGGCGAGGUCAAAGCAGCGGUGAUCGAGGCUGUGAAGAUUGGCUACAGGCACUUGGACCUGGCUCGCAUCUACAAUAACCAGCAAGAGGUUGGCGAGGCAUUGAAGGAGGUGUUCGACUCGGGCCUUGCCAAGCGCGAGGAUCUGUUCAUCACCUCCAAGCUGUGGAACAACAGCCAUCGACCGGACAAGGUCGAGGCUGCCCUUGACGAAACGCUCCAGCAGCUCGGAUUGUCGUACCUCGAUCUUUAUCUGAUCCACUGGCCGGUCCCCUUCAAGAACACUACAGUCGAGGAGCUCGUACCCAAGACCGACGAUGGCUUCGCCAUCCUGGACGUCGAGAACGUCAGUCUCGUUGACACAUGGAAGGCGCUGAUCGAGGUCAAGAAGACUGGCAAGACGAAGAGCAUCGGUGUCAGCAACUUUUCCGUCGAGCAGAUCGAGGGCAUCAUCAAGGCCACAGGCGAGAAGCCCGUGACGAAUCAGAUCGAGGCGCACCCUCUCCUGCCGCAAGACGAGCUGAAGAAGUGGCACGACGAGCAGGGUAUCAUCAUCACCGCAUACAGCCCUCUGGGCAACAAUCUCAAGGGCGAACAGCGUAUCGUCGACUACCCCGAAGUGCAGGAGGUAGCCAAGCGCCUCGGCGCGGACCCAGGGCAGGUGCUCAUCGCGUACGGUAUCCACCGCGGCUACAGCGUCAUCCCGAAAAGUGUGACUCCGAGCAGGAUUAAGGCCAACUUUGAGCAGAUCACACUCAGUGAACAUGACUACAACGAGAUCGCAAGCAUCUUCGAGAAGCGCACACACACACGCUUCAACAUCCCUUUCCACUACACGCCGCGCUGGGACAUCAAUGUCUUUGGAGAGCCGUCAGAAAAGGACGCCAAGCUCAAGGUCAACAUUGGCGCUUGAGCGAAACGAAAUAUACCUCAUUCCCCAGUCUCAGACUUGCAGUGCAGGCGAUAUUCUUAGGCUUCUUGUGAUGGACGACGAGGCGGAUGAUGAGCUAAAAUGUGUCAAUCGAACAACAGGCUACUAUAUUAUGUACCUCGGGUUCGGCGAAUUCCCACAUUUUAGUUGCCGAUGCAGGACAGGUUAUGUCUGCGGCUGUGUUGGAUGUGUAUAGCAUCACAAAUGUGC